AUGUUAGCGAGGCAGCCAACACGUUUACGUCUAGAGCCAUUGGAUCUGGAAACCCUCGAUAGGGUGAUUCAGAGACGGCACGAGGAGCGGGCUAUUCCGGAGCGAGCGACGCGGGACUUGGCGCCGGCCGAGCAGGACAGGACACUAGCUUCUGGCAGGGCGAGCGUCUCCGCCGGUCCACCGGGCGUUGGCGGUAAGCUGCUGCCGCGUGGUGCAGGUCUGACGACGCGUCAGCGCAUCGGUCUUGAAUAG